AUGUUUAAGGGGUUGCGGGUCAAAACCUGCAGCGAGCUGGAGGACCUGCAGCGCAAAGCCAAGGAGGAUACCUCGGCAGACUCCGCGCUGGAGAAGCAGCGUGCUGCGCAAAGCAAAGUUGCGCAGGUGAUGGUGAAAUCCUUGGACGAGGGAAGCACCGAGCGCCUUCUCUUCCUCCGCUGGCACCGCCUGGCCUUCAAGGAGAGGCGCCGGAAAGAGAUCGUCCUGUUUCGUCAGGAGUCAGAGGCCAGGCUGGAGGCACGGCGGCGUCAACAGAACCAGGCCGAACUGACCACCGCAAGGUACCGUGAGCAUGCCUUUGCCUCGUUCACCGCAGCGGGAUCCGUGGGAUCGCCAAGCUGGCUGCGGCUCUUCCUGUGGGAUUGGAGGCGAGCCGUCACGUCUUCCACAUCUAAGCGAAUCCUUCGCGUGUGGCGCAUCAUAGCUUCAAUGGAGAUCUUCAAAUGCAAGCGCUGGUUGUUGGAGUUCUGCGUUCAAGUCUGGGCUGCUCUCACUUGUGGUUCUUCGCUACAGGCAAUGAACUCGGAAUGGUUCCGGAAACGACAGCACGUUCGCAAGAAGGAGCAACUUCAAGAAAGUCUUUGGGCACGGUUGGCAGCAGGCCAUGCUCAGUGCUUGCUUCACGAUACUUUCUCUGCAUGGCGGAGGUCACAUCAAGCUGAACAAGUCAGAGACGAGGUUAAACUGGUCUGCGAGCAGUGGAAUGACGAGGAACAGGCGGCGCGGCGGCACCAGCAACGGAUCACAUGGCAACUCUCGUGUCUAAGGUCGUGGGGAUAUCUGUCCAUGACAACCUUGCAAAAUUUCGAGGAUCUGCGGGAUGCUUUUCUGGCGUGGGCACAGGAAAUCCGCUUCGCAAAAGCCGAGGCUACCCUGGAGGUCUCGUGCAGUGAAGUGCAAAAUGGACCAGAUGCCCAACGGAGAUUGGAAUCGCUUGUGCGCGACAGUUGGAUUGAGAGGAGCUUGUAUGCGAAUUCUCGCCAGCGACGAAAUGGUCACAUGGCUCUUGUGUGGUUCGCGUGGAAGGCAGCUGCACAGGAGACACGAGUGGCCCGCAAGCGUGAGCGCAGAAAGAAACGUGCUCAUGUGAUCGAGCAGCAGCGAACUUCGGAGUGGCAGAAAUGCACCAAGCGCUUGGUGCUAGACAGCUGGCAAAUGGUCCUGUGUACCAAUAGGCGUUUGUGGCUUGAGAAUCGACGUCGAUGGCUGCAGUCGUCGUUAGAGGUCCUUCGACCGGAAAGCGCUGAAGCCAACGAGGCCGAUCUGCGAGCGCUUCAGUCAAGUCUUCAAUCGGACUUUCCCUCCAGUUUGCAGAGGCUGACCUUUGGGAAUCCGAGAUCAGAAGAAAAUCUUCUUCGUGGCUGA